AUGAAGUUUUCCAUCUUCUCUACCGUUGCCUGCAUGGCUGCCAGCGUCUUUGCUGCUCCGGCUGUCGCGAACACUGGCCUCGUCGCCAAGCCCGAUGUCGUCAAGCGUGACAUCCUGAGCACGCUCACGAGCGCCCUCACGAGCGCCGUCAGCGAGGCCAGCUCCAUCUCCUCGGAUGUGUCGUCGCUCGCUUCGGGCUCGACCACCUCGCUGACCAAGAUCUUCGAGGACAUCACCGGCCUCAACAAGACGCUGACCAUCGUUGUCGACGUCAUCGAGGAGCUCAACCUCGACGCUGCCGACGCCACCAUCACCGUCAUCGACGGCCUACUCGGCCUCUUCGGCUUCAGUGGCGCGACCCAGAUCAACUCCCUGCUGCUCAGCCUCGAGGCCGGCCUGAAGAACAUUCUGGAGGAGAUCAAGAAGCUCGGCUCCGGCUCUGACCUCUUUGACGAGCUCGAGACCGUCGCCCAAGUCCUGGGCGGCUCCGAGGCCGAGGGUGCUCUGUCUGAUCUCGGAGGUCUCAUCCAGGACGUGAUCACGCUCAUCGGCGGCAUCCCCAUCAUCGGCCCGGUCCUCUCGACCCUCAUCACCGACCUGCUCAAGUCGAUCUAG